CCGGUGCCGGUGCCGCCGCCGCCGCUCUGCGCCCCCGGGCCGCCCGCCCUGUCCGCGACCGCCAUGGGCUCCCUGCUCAGCCGGCGCAUCGCGGGCGUGGAGGACAUCGACAUCCAGGCCAAUUCGGCCUACCGCUACCCGCCCAAGUCCGGAAACUACUUUGCCAGUCACUUCUUUAUGGGAGGUGAGAAGUUUGACACCCCUCACCCCGAGGGUUACCUUUUUGGUGAGAACAUGGACUUAAACUUCCUUGGGAAUAGACCAGUUCAGUUUCCCUAUAUAACUCCAGCUCCACACGAGCCAGUGAAGACACUGAGGAGUUUGGUGAACAUCCGCAAAGACUCUCUCCGACUUGUGAGGUAUAAAGAUGAUGUUGACAGCCCUACUGAGGAGAAUGGGAAGCAGAAGGUCCUGUACAGCCUGGAGUUCACCUUUGAUGCAGAUGCCCGUGUUGCCAUCACAAUCUACUGCCAGGCUACAGAGGAGUUUGUUGGUGGCAUGGCUGUAUACAGCACAAAGAAUCCCUCUCUGCAGUCCGAGACAGUUCAUUACAAGAGAGGGGUAAGCCAGCAAUUCUCCCUGCCUUCCUUCAAGAUUGAUUUCUCAGAGUGGAAGGAUGAUGAGCUGAACUUUGACUUGGACCGUGGCGUGUUCCCUGUGGUCAUCCGAGCAGUGGUGGAUGAAGGGGAUGUGGUGGUUGAGGUCACUGGUCAUGCCCAUGUUCUUCUGGCUGCAUUUGAAAAGCACGUUGAUGGCAGUUUUUCCGUGAAACCGCUAAAACAGAAGCAGAUCGUUGACCGGGUGAGCUACCUGCUUCAGGAGAUCUAUGGCAUCGAGAACAAAAACAACCAGGAGACCAAGCCUUCAGACGACGAGAACAGUGACAACAGCAACGAGUGCGUGGUUUGCCUGUCGGACCUGCGGGACACCCUGAUCCUGCCCUGCCGCCACCUCUGCCUCUGCAACUCCUGCGCUGACACCCUGCGCUACCAGGCCAACAACUGCCCCAUCUGCAGGCUCCCCUUCCGUGCCCUGCUGCAGAUCCGGGCGGUGAGGAAGAAGCCGGGGGCUCUGUCGCCGGUGUCGUUCAGCCCUGUCCUGGCACAGAGUGUGGACCAUGAUGAGCACUCUAACUCUGACAACAUCCCCCCAGGCUACGAGCCCAUCUCCCUGCUGGAAGCUCUGAAUGGCCUUCGCUCGGUGUCCCCCUCCAUCCCCUCGGCCCCUCUGUACGAGGAGAUCACCUACUCCGGGGUGGUGGAUGGGCUGCCCCCCGCCAGCCGCCCGCUCGUGCCCAUGGACAGAGCCCUGGAGGGCGGCCACCAAAAGGGCAAGCGCAGCAAGUCUCCAGACAGCACACUACGGUCUCCCUCAUCCCCAAUCCAUGAGGAGGAUGAGGAGAAGCUCUCUGAGGACUCUGACUCGCAGGCGGUGCUGAGUGGGGGUGAGCUGGUCCUGAGGGAGACCAGCUCUCCAGAGAGCGUGGCAGGGGAAGAGAUGGAGGAGGCCUCAUCGGUGCAGCAGGGUAGCCGCCCACCCUCGGUGGAGGACGUGCUGCAGGACGGCGGCUGCGGCGAGAGCCGGAGCCUGACGCAGUCUGAGACUGACCCCCCGGUCGAUGUCUUCCUGCCAGGCUCGUCCGACUUCACCAAGACGUUCCCUGUCCGCGGCACCGGCAGUCCCACACAGCCCCUUCUCUUCGAGCAGACCCGUCUGCACCUGGAGGACGAGCAGAGCCUUUCGUGAGCGGGGCCGGACCCUGCCCGUGCCGCCCGAGCCCGGGCCCCGCCAGGCUCUCCCGGGGACGCAGGCGGGGUCUCCCACCGGCGCGGUUUCGGCACAGCCUGUGCAUGUUUCCUGGCGGUGGGUAGGGGCUGAUGUCUUGUUUUUACGUGGGAGGUGUCUGUGGGGGCCGGGGUGGGGGGUUUGGGGUUCGAGUCGGCAGAUGAAGGACACUACCGAUGUAUAUUUUGUACUUACCGAGCACAGCCCUUUGCUGUCACUACCCCUGUACAUAGCUGUGGCCCUCCCUGCCUUGCCGGGGCGCAGGGCUCCGCGGGAGCGGGGGAGUGCGGGGUCAGCCCCGGCCCACCCCGAGGCAGGGGAACGUGCGGGUCAGCCCCGGCCCAGCCCGUUCGGGGUGACCCCGCCGCCCCGUUCCCGAAGAGCCCGGCGCUGCCCACGCCGUGUGCCUUGUUCUGCUUCUGCGGGGGGUCCCGGGGCACAUCCCCCCAUCUCCCCGUCUAUGUUUGUAGUAAUAAACCCGUGAAGCAGC